CUGGUCACACCCUUCCCAGCUUCCCCCCUCCCACUCUGCCCGCCAUGUUCUGGAGGAGGAGAUACGUGUAGCCUGGCUUUAGCUGGCUUAGCAUUAGCAAAAUAGCUAGGCGGAGGCGCAACAAGCUCCUUGGACGCCGAAAUAAGUACCCUGUCUUGAUUUCCCCCCCCUUGGAAUUGGCGUAACUCGUCUAUGGAUUUACAUCCCAGGACUAAAAGAAGAACCUGACUCAUCACAAAAGACAUGGUGAUGGCGUGGUCAUGUGUGUAGCCAGCCCUAUGUGUGUGGAGAUGGUUUUAACAGAGGCUGUUCUGGAGGACUCAGGAACGCUGCACUGGCCUGGAGAAGCCUCAUAAACAAACAAACAUAUACACUCACAUAUACAUACACUCACAUAUACAUACACACACAUAUACAUACACACACACACACACACACACACACACACAUUGUAUACAAGAAGAUUUACACAUACACACUCCACUGCUGUGCUGUGCUGUGAGAAAGGACUCAGACGCAUAACACAAGCUGCACCUGAAGCACACACACACUCACAUCCUCUGGGUGUGCAUAAGCUGCUCUACUCUAGACUUUUUUUUGGUUUCCUAUCUCCUCUCCUGCGUGAGAGUGUACAUUGUAUUUCUUCUUGUCUGUCCCAUCUCCACCGCCACCAUGCCAAGCUCAACCAUCCGCCGGCAGAUGAAGAACAUGGUGAACAACUACUCUGAUGCAGAGAAGAAAGUGAGGGAGGCCACCUCCAACGACCCCUGGGGACCAUCGUCCUCUCUCAUGUCUGAGAUUGCAGACCUUACCUACAACGUGGUGGCCUUCAGUGAAAUCAUGAGCAUGAUCUGGAAGCGGCUCAACGACCAUGGCAAGAACUGGCGUCAUGUCUACAAGGCACUCACCCUACUCGAUUACCUGAUCAAGACUGGGUCAGAGCGAGUGGCGCUGCAAUGCAAAGAGAACAUCUUUGCCAUCCAGACGCUGAAGGACUUCCAGUACAUCGACAGAGACGGCAAAGACCAGGGCAUCAAUGUCAGGGAGAAGAGCAAGCAGCUAGUGGUCCUACUCAAAGACGAGGAGCGCCUAAAAGGAGAAAGGUCUCAGGCUUUGAAGACCAAAGAGCGCAUGGCCCAGGUGUCCACAGGGAGCAGUCAGAUGGGUUUUGGCCGAGGCUCCUCUCAGCCCAACCUCUCCACUUCAUACAGUGAAGAGUACGGCAGGUCAGAGGGCUCACCUGCCUCCUACCAUGGCUCCACGUCUCCCAAUACGGGCUCAGAGCUGGAGCAGGCCAGACCUCAGACCAGCGGGGAAGAGGAGCUACAGCUUCAACUGGCUCUGGCCAUGAGCAGAGAAGCUGCAGAGCAGGAGGAGCGCAUACGCAGAGGGGAUGACCUGAGAUUACAGAUGGCCUUGGAGGAGAGCAAGAAAGAAGGUCCAGGCUCGGCAAAACUGGCCAAGAAGAAGAAAGAGCCACAGUCAUCUUUGAUGGAUCUGAUGGAUGUCCCAGAGCCUGGUGCCAGUGCUGACCCUUGGGGUGCUGGGGCCGGGGCUGGGGCCGCGGCUGGGGCCGGGGCUGCCGCUGCUUCAGCAGACCCCUGGCAGCCUUAUGGGUCUGCCCCUAAGCCAGCAGUCCCAGUGGACCCAUGGGGUGCUGCUCCUUCUGUCCCACCUAUGAAGAGCAAUGAUCCCUGGGCCCCAAACUCCAUUCCUGCCUCUGACCCCUGGAGCUCUGCAGCUGCCCGCCCCAAGACAUCCAACCCAGGUAGCUUUGACCUGUUCAGUGCAUCCAACGGUACGUCCAAAGAGGACUUCUCAGAGUUUGACAGCCUGCGCUCCUCCUCCUCUGUCCCCACUGGUGAUGGGGGUGUCACAUCCUCUGUCCCCUCCCAAGCCAGUCUUGCUAGCAGCAGCAGCCUGGACCUCUUCGACCCCCUGCCCACCUCGACAUCUACUUCUGUAACCACAAACCCAACUAGAAAGACUCCAGAGUCCUUCCUGGGUCCCAAUGCUGCCCUGGUCAAUCUGGAUUCGCUGGUGACCAAACCAGCCCAGCCCGCGCCAGUCGUCAACCCGUUCUUGGCUUCAACAGGUGGCUCUGCUCAAGCUGCAGCAGCCCACGCCAACCCCUUCCAAGUGAGCCAGCCAGCUCCCCCCACCCUCAACCAGAUGCGGGUCAGCCCCAUGCCCUCCGGCUUUGGCAGCAUUGCCGAGCCCAUGGCCCUCUCCUCCAUGCCUGCUCAGCCCAUCGCCAUGGUCCCCGUGGCAGGGAUGGCCCCCAUGGGCCGCGUGAUGCCCGGAAUGGGGGUCGGCCCUGUGGGAGGUGUGGGAAUGAGUGCGGGGAUCCCAACUUCCAUAUCCAUGCCUCAGCCCCUGAUGAGCAUGCCCCCCCAGGCUGGGACGCAGCCCACGGGAACCACCAACCCCUUCCUUUUGUGAGGGGGUGACUGGGGGACCACUUGCCCUAGAGUGACGCCUCUUCCGAAUCUUUUUCUCUCUUCCUUCCACUCCUUAAGAAGCUUCAAAAUGAGCAAGGAGAUGCUUUUCCCAUUUACCCCUUUAUAACCAACUCAUACCCAGGUCGUAGUCACAGCCUGGCCUCCUCCUACCUUACCGCACCCUUUUCACCUCUGUUUCUUUCUCUCUAUGCUACAAGCUGCCUAGUCCUGCGUGUUCCAUACUGAUCUGACAAUGAUGUUGGUGACCACCAAGAGUUUGCAUCUUUCUACAGACUUAAAGAGUAGCAGUGGUGUUUACAGUCCCCCCCCCCCCAGAGGCAGAACAGGACCCAGUCUUUCAUCCCUGUUGUCCUCUCAUUCACUUGCCUCCUCUCCCUUACUUCUUCCCUUAGGACUGCGCCUCUCUUCUUCUGUGGUGGAGUGACAGCAGAGUAUGACUGUACUAAUGCCAGGAUCUUAUCUCUUCUCUAGAGCUAAUCUUUUAUAAGCCCUGUCAGCUGGUGUGUGCGCGUGCAUGCGUGUGUGUGUGUGUGUGUGUGUGUGUGUGUGUGUGCCGUCUCAAUACUUUUACACUGUGUAUAUUCCAGUGGGUUUUACUUACACACUCUGGAGUAAGGAUGAGAGAUGGUCAGAUGUGUUUUUACUGUGUGUGUGUGUGUGUGUGUGUGUGUUACUAAGCAGGGAUUUUGCACAAUUUUUUGCUUGUUUUUUUUCUUUCUGCGACUGUUGGGCUCACCGUUACACCUUAGCUUAGGGAGGGAGGCUAGCCGCUAAAACGGCCGAGAUGACACACACUGCCUCGGCUCUCGGUACCACUCAGUCAAAACUCUUGUCUGGUCACUUCCCGCCACUGUGGACCUUUUCCUGACCCUCCACACGAACUUUGACCUCCAGGGGUCACAGGAUUAACAGUGAACACUUAUCAAAAGAGAGAAACCCCUUGUCCGAGGGGUUGAAAUUAUGCGUAAAUGCAAUUUGUGUCUGUAUGUGUAUGCUCAUGCGCUGCGUUAAUGCUCAGAUAUACUAACAGCCACAUGGUGAUGUAUUUGUCACUCCCUCAGUGUGUGUGUUCAGAGAAAAAGACAUGAACUGUGAUGGCAUCAGCAUUUUGCAAUCUGAACAUGCAGUGGAUGCAGUGAGGUAUCGUGGGACAGUUUUUGUUUGUUUUUUGUUUGUUUUCCCCCCCGUUUUAGUUUGUUUCUAGGGUCAAAGGGAAGAGGUGGGUCGUGUGUGUGCGCGUGCGUGCGCAGUUUGCAUGAGAUCUGUUUAGCUUCCAAGUGUACUUUAAUCUGCAAGUUUCUUCAAUUGUCACUCAGUAAAGUGGAAACUGACUUAGAAUUUGCUCAAGUUAGGUUCUGAAGUGCAAGUCAAAACAAGGGGUAAUGUAGGCAUGUGCAGCCUUAAGGUGUGUGUGUGUGUGUGUGUGUGUGUGUGUGUGUGUGUGUGUCUGUCUGCCUGUCUGUCUGUCUGUCUACGUGUGCAUUUGCAUGUGUUAUGUAUGUGUGUGCACAACCAUUUAUCAACGAGGGUCACGAAGAAAGCUCUGGGUAUAAAGGGCAUGUCAGCCAGCCAUCAUUGUGAAGAGAGUUUACCUCCGAGUGGAUUUACUUUGGCUAAUCUGGCUACAAGAACGUUUAUCUGGUGGAGUCACACUCACACACGCGGGGUUGCUCCAGUAUCAGUCUAUUGAUCCUACAGGGAAUCCCGCUGCAAACAACAGCAAGACAUGUCUUGUAAACAAGGAGUUGUUCAUUUUGUUGGUUACUUGUUGUUGUUUAAUUACUCAUUAGAUGUAAAUCCAUAGCCAAGCCUUUCUAAGUUUUGGAGCUGUGUACUAGCUAAGCCAUUUAUCAUCUUCAUUCUCUUUUUUUCUAUGUUCUCUCAUUCUAGUUUUUUUUUCUUUUUUUUUUUUUCUCUCACCCUAUGGGUAGGCUAUGUAAUUCUCUUCUCUUAGAAGCACAACUGUUACCAAAGUCAUAGCGACUGUGAUUUCUGAGGAUGUCGUACUUUGAGUAGUUUGAACAGUAGGGUCACACUUCACUGACAUUUAAACAUUUUUUUUUUUCUGUUGAUGGAAGCUCAUGAUAUCAGAGGCUCCAUUGUUAUAAUUGUUUAUAUUUCAGAGCUAUUUUACAAUUUGUUCAGGAGUUUGUGUAAGAAAGUGUUACUGUUUGCUGAAUAUCAGCACAUUUACUGACAGCAAGCUAAGCAUCUCUGUCUCCUCUAUUUGUUGAGAAAAGUGGGUUGAUGAAAUACAGCUAAGGAUGAUGAUUUGCGCCUGUUGUAUAGACCCUUCUUCUCUUUAGGUUACUGUACUCUUCUCUUCAGUUCUGUUAAUAUCACUGCCAAUGUUGCUACUGUGGAAGGGAUGGGUUUUUCUCUUAGUGUGAGUUGGUGCCCUCUCCUGGUCUGCUGUGGUAUGAUAGCUACACCACAUGACCCUUGAUAUUUCCACUAAAGGCAGACCUUCAUUCUCUCAGGCAAAAGGAGGGGCAGCUCCAACUGUGUGUAUGAUUUUUGAUGACGAUGCUGAGGGUGGCAAUGAUGAUUUUUAUGCUUGGGGUCCUGAAUGAAUGGAUGUGACACUUAACUUGCAGACCAGCAAACAUUUUUAAUCUUCACUAAAUAUAUGCAAAAAUUGGAGCUGGAAAAAGAUAAGACCUAACACUUGAUGUGUUUCGCAAAGUUAAAUUUGCUAAUUCCGACUUGUUUAUUGAAAUGCUACAAUGAUACUCUAGCUAAGACGUGUCACUUUGUCACUGGCCUUGAUUUUACUGCGGCCUGGACCUUUAGUCCAGUGAUUGUGGAAAGGUUGUCUUUAUCAAUGCAUUGGAAAUAACAAACUUAAAAAAAAACAACUUUACUGUCUUGAACAAAUUCAGGACUCCCAAACUGUCAGAUGACACUGCAAUUUAACACUUUUCCUUGAUCCCUGGCUGCAGUUUCACAGUCGUGGCUAUGGUGCAGUGAAAAUGUGGCCUCUGAGUAGCGAGCUCCUCCGUGCGUUACUAUGUAUUCACUAUGCUUUUAUCAAGAGGACUAACUGACCUUAUGGACUGUCUGUCUUUAUAUGCAUAAACAGCCUCCUUUAUUCUUUUUCAUGUCUAUUUACCCUUCUCAUAGUACUGGGAGCAGGCUGCUUUUUUUUUUUUUUUUUUAAAUCGGAUACGUGCUCAACCCGUUGGCAUUAUAACUGUAUAAUAUAAUUUAUCAUUUGUACUAUUGUAACAUACUGUUCUUCUGUAUACCUUAUUAUUCUGUGUAAUGGGUUUUGUAGGAAAAGUCCCCGUGGUAUUUUAAUGGCAUCUAAACAAACGCAGCAGGCCACACCCUGUUGGAUGAGGACAACUGUAGCUGCAUUGGUUCAAAAUAAAAUGUGUAUCACUUCAGCUAUGUAAC